GCGAAUUUCCCAUUUCGACUACUACUAACACACACAAAAUGCGCCCGCUACACAUUAAUUUGGUCGCAUUUUUGGCGGUUUUCGUGUCGGUGACCGUAGAUGCACAGUAUCCAGUCACCUAUGGGUGUGUUGCCCAGAUUUUGGCCUAUUCGCCGAUGAAUAAGUUGAAUACGUUCGUCACCAAUCUCAACAAGGACGCCACUUUGGCUGCCAAGAAGAAGCGGGCAAACAGUUGGGUGCCGAAUAAUCUGGGAAGUCACAAAUUCCCGGCGUUGGACCUCUAUGCAACAAGUGCAAAAGCACUGGAAGCAGUCACCGGGCUUCUGGAUCAUCGUAAUACAGUCGGCUUGUUCUGGGCUGAUCUUCAACCGGGACUAACCAAAGUUUACAACGCGUCAAUCUCGAAAAAAUACAAGAAUAUGUGGGCAAAAACGGAUAAGAUUCAUGAUAAUGCGUUUUUCGACGCGUUGAACGAGUGGUACGCCUAUUGUCAUUAUAAUAGCCCCGCCGGAAAACGCACUGCCCUAUACAAUGCAAUUCAAAAAGUGACAACAAAAUAUGCAAAUAAUACUCAAUUGAAUUAUGAAGUGAUGAGCUCCGCAUGGUAUGCCCGUUUUACAGUGAUGAUGCUCUUUGGAUCGUGGUAGAGGGGAGGAAAUUGUAACUUUUUGGUUGGAAUAAAGCAUUUUUUAUACG